UGGUGGCAAAUAGCUACACUCUCACCAAAACAUUAAAACAUAAUUUUCCCACGUGUGUUUUGCGUUUUGCCAAGAAAAUAAAUUUGCUGGGAACGAGCGAGACGAGGUAAAUCAACAAUUCGCCAAUUAUUUUACUAUUUGCAACCCUGUAAUUUGAAGGAAAAAUAAUGUUGCGCCGGCAGGCUCGUUUGAGGCGAGAGUAUUUGUACAGGAAGUCCCUUGAGGACAAAAGGAAGAGCAUUCAAGACAAAAAGGAUCGCUUGAAGAAGAGCUUGGAGCAGAACCUGCCGAUUCACACCGACCUUAAAAGAGAUGCACUUCAACUGCAGAAAAAGUUGGACUGGGAGGACCAGGGGCCGCAGGUGGCCGCAGUCGUGGGCGAUGAAACCGGCGGAGCAGCCGGCACCCACGAGGACGACGAAUACCGCUGGGCAGGAGUUGAAGACCCGAAGGUGAUGAUCACCACUUCUCGAGACCCUUCGUCCAGGCUGAAAAUGUUCGUCAAAGAGUUGCGUUUGGUGUUUCCGAAUUCGCAGAGGAUGAACCGAGGUAAUUACGAAAUCAAGCAGCUGAUGCACGCCUGUCGAGCCAACAACGUGACGGACUUCAUCGUCGUACACGAACACAGGGGUGUCCCCGAUGCCCUGGUUGUGUGCCACCUGCCUUACGGGCCGACCGCUUUUUUCACUCUCAGCGACGUCAUCAUGAGGCACGACGUCCCGGACAUUGGCACCAUGACCGAGCAGUAUCCUCACUUAGUGUUUCACAAUUUCAAAAGCAAACUCGGAAAUCGAGUGACCAACAUUCUCAAAUACUUGUUUCCUGUGCCCAAAGAGGACAGCAAAAGGGUGAUCACCUUUGCCAACCAUGAUGACUACAUUGCAUUCCGACAUCACACGUAUUCUAGGGAUAAGCAGAAUGUAGAUCUGAAGGAAAUCGGACCAAGAUUUCAGUUACGGUUGUACGAAAUCAAGCUCGGAACUCUGGAGCACGAGGCUGCGGCAGACACAGAAUGGGCUUUGAGGCCCUACAUGAACACCUCAGCCAAAAGAAGAUUUUUGUCCGAUGAAGAUGGCUGGCAGCAAGAAGACGAUUUUUAAAUAUCCAAAAUACAACAUUAUUCCUUAAAUUGAAAAUCUUUU